CCGGAAGACGCAGUUCUUAGCUACGGAUCGUUUUGCUGGUGGUUCUAAGGAGCCCAUCAUGGCGACGCCCCCCAAACGGCGGGCGUUGGAUCCCUUGGGAGAUAAAGUGCUGCGCUAUGAGACCUUCAUCAGUGACGUGCUGCAGCGGGACCUACAAAAGGUGCUGGACCAUCGUGACAAAGUAUAUGAACAGCUGGCCAAAUAUCUUCAACUGAGAAAUGUCAUUGAGCGAAUCCAGGAAACUAAUCGCUCAGAAUUAUGUAUGCAAGUUGAUUUGGGCUGUAACUUCUUCGUUGAUACAGUGGUUCCAGAUGCUUCCCGAAUCUACAUGGCCCUUGGUUAUGGCUUUUUCCUGGAGUUGACACUGACAGAAGCGCUCAAGUUCAUUGAUCGUAAGAGCUCUCUCCUCACAGAGCUCAGCAACAGCCUCACCAAGGACUCCAUGAAUAUCAAGGCCCAUAUCCACAUGUUGCUAGAGGGACUUAGAGAACUUCAAGGUCUACAGAGUUUCCCAGAGAGUCCUAGCCAUUGACUCCAUCCAGUGCCCUCCCUGGUCUACCAACAUUAAAGAGCCGAAUGCC